CAUUUACUAGAAAGCAGGAAUUUAAGAGGGUGUGGAAGGAGAGAUAGGGUGUGAGCCUCUAACACGAUGCUACGUUCAAAUCAUAUUCAAGAAUCUUUCAGACAGCCACACCUCAGCUUCCUUAAAAGGGGUGCGUUUGGUUUUUAAACGCCUCAAGCUCAUCAUCAGGUUCCAACCAGCAGCGACCAAAAAUGGUAUUGGUGGAGUCUGAAAACAGAGAACGGAGCACUCAUCUUGUGAUCAGAAAAAGGAAAACGAUUUUCUUGAUUCAUGGUUGAACAGAAACCUAUCAUGGUCUCUGAUUUGACUGAGUUGUGGUGAGGCGUCUUCAUAUUGGGAGUCACAGGCUGAGUUGGAGUACCUGAGGGUGUGAAAACACUAAAAAGACUCAAACACUCAGACUACUCAACUCAAUGAAGAAGUACCUCCUCCUCUUUUUUCUCGGUGUUUUACCGCUGUGUCUUCUCAAUGGAUGGCUGACAGGAUUCCAAUCCCUACCCCCCAUAAACCCCUCCACCUUCUCGAGCAGCAAUAGAAAUGUAACCAUCCUGCUGUGGUACUGGCCCUUCAAUAAGCCAUUCAGCUUAAGGGGUGAUGUGUGCUGGGACCUCUAUCACAUCCCUGGCUGUAGACUGGUGGACCAGCGCUCCUUGUUCCCCUCAGCUGAUGUGGUGGUGUUUCACAACAGAGAGUUGGUAAUGGGCCGCCAAAAGCUGCCCUUUGACCUUCCGCGGCCACAGGGCCAGAGGUGGGCCUGGAUGUCUCUGGAGGCCCCUGUUUAUAAUGGAAACUUGAGAAAUUAUGGACAUAUCUUCAACAUGACCAUAACCUACAGGAGAGAUGCUGAUAUCACUGUACCCUACGGUGAGCUGCUACCAAAGGCAGCUGAAGAACAUCUGCAGGAAGACGGCCCUCUUAAUAAGACCUCUCUGGUCUGUUGGGUAAUCAGCAACUACAGGACCCAGCACAAGAGAAGCCAAGCGUACAAACAGCUCAAUGCCACAGUUCCUGUGAAGGUUUACGGUCGUUGGACAAAGAGACCCCUCCCCUCUAAAGCCCUUUUACCUACCAUCUCUCGCUGCUACUUUUAUUUGGCUUUUGAGAACUCAGUCGCCAAAGAUUACAUCACAGAGAAGCUGUGGAGGAAUGCUUACCUCGGCGGGGCAGUGCCUGUGGUCUUGGGACCGCCAUUAAGCGACUACAAAGCUGUGGCUCCACCUAAUUCUUUAAUACACCUUGAUGAGUUUGCAUCAGUCAAAGACUUAGGAAAGUAUCUACAACAGCUAGCAAUGGACAAGAAACGCUACAAUGAAUAUUUUACCUGGAAACAUCAGUGGAAAGUGAAGCUGUACACAGACUGGAGGGAGAGACUGUGUAAGAUCUGCUCACAGUACAACAAUUUACCUCAGCAAAAGGUUUACUCUGACCUAGAGGCCUGGGUCAGUGCUCCUAACACUUGAGCUUGCAUAGUUGUAGUUAUCUUUUUAUUGAUACUACAUUUCUGACAAAUUACCAUAUAUAAUAAUGUUUCAGUGUGUUCAGUUUCCAUUUUAUUGCUGUGCCAGAAACAAAAAACACAGAUGAAAGAAAUUGGAGAAAAUGAAGAGGAAGAAACUUGAGUAUUGCAGAAAAGAAUUAUAUUGUUGAGAUUUACGAAACUAUGUAACAACCAUGAAUACACAACUAACAUGCUUUAACUAAUGACCAAGUGAAUUAAAUUCUUAGCACUUUGUACCAAACACCUGACCUCUCUAGGGUUAAAAGAAUAGUUCACUUCCUUGCAGAGUUAUAGGGGAGAAGAGUGAUACCAUUCUCAUGUUUGCACAGUAAAUAUGGUAACAACUGUUUCUCAUC